AAGGUUUAGCAUAGCCUACUCCAAUCUCCCAUCACCAUGAAGCCAUUCCUUGUGUGCUUUCUCUUGAUUUCAGUCCUCCUCUCUCCCUCUUGCGUUAGUGCUCGAGAGCUGACUCAAAAUGAAGAAAUGAGUAGCGAUAAGGUGGGCUUUAUAGCAGGGAAUUUACCUGAUCCACCUUCUACAAGCAAGUGCAAUCCCGGAUCAAGGGACUGUAAAGAAUGCAUAAAAGUCCACCCAGCCCCAGAAUAUAUAAAAGCCCACACAAUCCACCACCCAGCCCCAAAAUAUAUAAAAGCCCACGCAUUCCACCUCCCAGCCCCAAAAUAUAUAAAAGCCCAUACAGUCCACCACCCAGCCCCAAAAUAUAUAAAAGCCCACACUAUCCACCACCCAGCCCCAAAAUAUAUAAAAGUCCAUACAGUCCACCACACAGCCCCUACCACCCACCAGGCCCUUGAAACUGAGAAGAAGCUCAACAAGCUCGACAGGCAUUGUAUCUAAGGCUUAGUAUGUAUGAAGGAGGUUGAUUUGGAGUCGGUGGUUUCAAGUGUUGGAUUAUAUAUAUACAAUCCAGAAGUACUAUGUAUUACCAGUUUGAUUGAUUAAUGAUAGAAUUGUUUCUGUUUCUUCCUUUCUGA